AUGAUGAGCUCUUGUCCGUGCUGGAUUCCUGCUGCCACCUCACUUGUCACCUCGGUGCUCUACGCUCUCCUCUUGCUGACCUUUUACAUCAUGCUCAGCAGGAAAAUUGCCCAGCUUUCCUGUGGGAUGCAGGUGAGGAGCAGCCCUGGGGAACAUCCCAGCCCUCACCCCAGCCCAGCUCCAGCCUCGGCACCAGGAGGGGACACGGCACAAAAACCCGGGGCACAAAAACCCGGGGCACAAAAACCCGUGGCACAAAAACCCGGGGCACAAAAUCCACCACCAGCCUAUGCAGGGAGAAGUGACACAUCUUCAGAAACCUCAGAGGACUCGGACAGCCCUUCCUCCCCUCAGGGCCCUGGCUCAGGGGAAAACAUCCAUUACACAUCCCUGGUGUUCCCAGGGCACGGCCACGAGCCAGGCUCUGCCCAGGACUACGAGAACCUCAAGACUGGGAUGGAUUACGUCAACGUGGACCCAAAGAGGAAGAAAAUUCAUUUCUGGCCCUUCUCCAGCCCCAGGGCAUCCAAGGGUGUGGAGUACACCGAGGUGAAGCUGUGACACCGAGGUGAAGCUGUGACACUGAUGUGAGGCUGUGACAUUGAUGUGAGGCUGUGACAGUAACGUGAGGCUGUCACACCAGGGUGAGGCUGCU